CUGCGGGAGAGAUUCUGGGUGCUGGUCGAGGGUGCUCGCCUCCUCUUCUCCCAAAUUACUCAGAAGAAAGAAAUAGAGAAGGGGAUUUCACAGACAAUCUUUCAGAUCGUGAAAUUUCAUGUCCUUUCGCGGCAGUUUCUGAUCCAUUUUCGACGUUGGCACGUCGCUAUACGCUGCUUCUCUGCGGCGUGUCUCUUCUGCGUCUGGGAUCCCAAACAACAAGCGUUCAGCGUGAAUUUUGCCGUGUACAGCGAUUGAAUCGCGAUAAAAUACGGCAAGUAACAUUCAUUUGACCAAAGUCAAUUGUACUUUACUAUGUUUCUGACAUGCCUCCUGAGAACGUUUACUAGUUGGAUGCGAUACCGUCCUGCGUAAGUGCCAUGAAGUUUCUUGGUUCUUCUCCAGCCUGGUUCAGGCUUUAAUGCGCACUGAACCUCAACUCGCCUUUCCCCCCAAAUCCAUCAUCUUCUUUUUGUGAUCAACAGCCUUAUUUUGGAAGAUGAGGUUUUUCUGCGACUUUUUGUGCACAUAAAUUGUGAAAGGAAGAAGAAAACCGGAGUCUUGAAUUCGUGCUGUGAAGCCGCAUCAUCUCCUAUGCCGUUUUAACCGUCUCGACGGCACGUUUUGAGAUUGUUCAAGAGAAACGUUGAAGUAUAAACACAAGGAUAAAGAUGAAGAAGUUCCGCAAGGUUUUGGACGGGUUGACCACUUCUUCACCUGUCAAUCCAGGUGGAUCACCCGCGUGCGGCAGUGCGGCUGGGACCCCCAGUACGGCACCGACACCGCGGGAGCUGGAAAUCCAGGAGACACUGAUGUCUGAGCACUUCCAAAUCUGCAAGACAGUGCGUCAUGGUGUUCCCUAUCAGCCCACAGCUCUGGCAUUUGACCCGGUGCAGAAGAUCCUUGCCAUUGGCUCUCGUUCCGGAGGAGUACGGCUUCUGGGACGGCCGGGAGUGGACUGUCAUUGCCAGCAUGAGAGUGGGGCGGCAGUUCUCCAACUGCAGUUUCUCAUCAACGAGGGGGCGCUGGUCACAGCUUGUGCAGAUGACACGUUGCAUCUCUGGAACUUGCGACAGCGUCGUCCGGCUAUCCUACACUCUCUCAAAUUCAGCAGAGAGCGGAUAACAUUUUGUCAUCUUCCGUUUCAAAGUAAGUGGCUUUACGUGGGGACAGAGCGUGGAAAUACACACAUAGUGAACAUCGAAUCCUUCAUUUUGUCUGGAUAUGUCAUCAUGUGGAACAAGGCCAUAGAACUAUCAACAAAGACACAUCCAGGUCCCGUUGUUCAUCUGAGUGACAGUCCAAAAGAUGAGGGAAAGUUGCUGAUAGGUUUUGAGAGUGGUACAAUAGUAAUGUGGGACCUGAGGGCCAAAAGAACUGACUUCAGGAUACACUAUGAUGAGGCUAUUCACUCAGUAAGUUGGCAUCAUGAGGGGCGGCAGUUCAUGUGCAGUCAUUCUGACGGCAGUCUGAGCAUGUGGAACCUGAGAAACACAGCCAAACCUUUACAAGUCACCUUCCCUCAUGGCAAGACUCAAAGAGAUGGUAGAAAAGAGUCAUGUAAACCCAUUCUCAAGGUCGAAUACAAGACCUCCAGAAACAGUAGUGAAGCAUUUGUCGUCUUCUCUGGGGGUCUUUCGUAUGAUAAGGCAGGACGUAGACCCACCCUAACCAUCAUGCAUGGCAAAGCCAUUACAGUGUUAGAGAUGGACUAUCCAAUAGUGGACUUCCUAGUGCUCUGUGACACACCCUAUCUCAACGAGGUCCAAGAGCCAUAUGCGGUGGUGGUUCUGCUGGAAAAAGAUUUUGUUGUGGUCGAUCUAACCCAGAGCAAUUUUCCUAUCUUUGAGAACCCCUACCCCAUGGACAUCCAUGAGUCUCCAGUCACGUGCACGGCUUACUUUGCCGACUGUCCCCCCGACAUCAUACCCGUGCUUUACUCCAUAGGAGCUAAACACAAAAAGACCGGCUACAGCCACAAGGAGUGGCCGGUCAGUGGUGGCACAUGGGCAGUCGGUUCACAGACAUAUCCAGAGAUUAUCAUCACAGGACAUGCAGACGGAUCAAUAAAGUUUUGGGAUGCCACAGCGAUCACACUGCAGAUGUUGUAUAAGCUCAAGACGUCAAAGGUGUUUGAGAAGCCUAAGAGUGGAGAUGUGGGACGCAGCGCUGAGCUUGUGGAGGAAGACCCCUACGCUGUUCAGAUGAUCAGCUGGUGCCCGCAGAGCCGUAUCUUUUGUGUAGUCGGCAUCAGCGCCCACGUCAUCCUGUAUCGCUUCAGCAAACAUGACGCCAACACCACUAUCACGUCCCUAGAGGUGCGGUUGCAGUGUGAGAUGGAGGACGUCAUCUCUCCGUCGGAUACAGAGAACACUCCAUAUUUUUCGGACCCCAGCGGUCACUCGCCCCAACCUCAGCCUCCCAGUCCCCGCAGCAACACACCGGACAGCGUGCGGGACAGCAUCCCUUGCCUCAAGGUUAAAGAUCGUAUGAUCCGAAUGCCUCCUGGAUACCAGGCAGAGCUAGUGGUUCAGUUAUUAUGGGUCGAUGGAGAGCCGCCACAACAAAUCACCAGCUUGGAUUUAAACUCCGCCUACGGACUGUUGGCUCUAGGUAACUGCAAUGGUUUGGCAGUUGUGGACUACCUGCAGAAGACCAUUUUGCUGUGUAUGAGCACCCUGGAGCUGUAUGGAUCUGCAGACCCUUUCCAGCGACUAACACGCUCUCCUCGCAAAAACCGGCAGUCCACAUCAGACUUUUGCAUGCGUGGCCUGUCUAACUUUCAUUCCGAUUCAAAGAAACGGAUCCGUACUUCCUACCAGAGUCUUACGGAGCUUUCUGAUAAUCAGGUAUCUUUGGACCUAGAGAGGAGCAAGUCACCCACCUCAGAUCAUGUGAAUGGACAUUGCACUAGCCCCACCUCCCAGCCCUGUCUGACUGGGAGGGCCAGAGUCCCGGGGGGCCCUGAAGGGCCACGCCUCGCCCGCAGGGGGCCUGGCCGACCGCCCUUCCGCAAGGCCCAGUCCGCCGCAUGCAUGGAGGUCUCUUUGCCUGUGUCCUCCCUCACUGAAGAGAGUCGAGAAAACUCAUUCAGCCGUUCCCGGAGUUCUAGUGUUUCCAGCAUAGACAGGGAGACUAAAGAGGCUGUAACCACCCUGCAGUUUGCAGAGUCGUACGGGCGUAAGUCAGACACCCUGCCUACGCCAUGCUUGUGGGUGGGCACAAGUCUGGGCUUGGUGCUCAUCAUACCAAUGUCCAUUCCUACGGAUGAGCAGGAACGCCAGGAAGACCCUGUUACUGUGGCCCCCGCUGGCACAGUGUUAAUGCUGAAGAGCUCUGUUCUGCGGUUUGGUUUCCUGGACUGUGGGGGCGCUCUUAUAAACAGUCCCUACGAGGUGUGGCGGGACCAACAUGCCCCAUAUGACUCAGAUCGACCCCGGAAGCGGAAACUGGUCAACUUCUCGCCCUCAUCUUUUCAGGAGGCCAGUGGAGAUGGUCACUUAGCUGUAGUGUGUUCGGAGAGGCAGGCCAAGGUCUUCUUCAUGCCCUCCCAGGCCUGUCUAUAUGUGCAUAACAUCACUGAGUCGUCUUUCGUGCUGCGGGCUGACGUGGUGUCGGUUUGUAACAGCGUUUGUCUGGCCUGCUUCUGCGCCAAUGGACACAUAAUGACUUUGAGCCUUCCCAGUUUACGGCCUCUGCUAGAUGUCAGCUACCUGCCGCUAACGGACAUGCGCAUUGCUAGAACAUUCUGCUUCACCAACGGAGGGCAGGCGCUGUAUCUGUGCUCCCCCACAGAGAUACAGAGAAUCACUUACAGCCAGGAGAUGUGUGACAACCUACAGGAGAUGUUAGGGGAGCUCUUUACACCCAUCGAGACCCCUGAGGCUCAGAACCGUGGCUUUCUCAAGGGCUUUUUUGGCGGCAACGCCCAAACCUUCGACCGCGAGGAGUUGUUUGGUGAGGCAGCAGCGGGCAAGGCGUCCCGCAGCCUGGCACAGCACAUCCCAGGACAGGGUGGAAUGGAGGGCAUGAAGGCAGCAGCAGGCGGGGUGGUGGGAGAACUGGCCCGAGCUCGCAUUGCCCUGGACGAGAGAGGACAGAGGCUGGGGGAGCUGGAGGAGAGGACCGCGCUGAUGAUGACCAGUGCCGACACCUUCUCUAAACACGCUCACGAGCUAAUGCUGAAAUGCAAAGACAAGAAGUGGUAUCAGUUUUAGAGGAUCCUCGGGGAGGGUGCGUUUCAUGCUCGUGCCACAAGAGGGUGCCACUCUGGUACUUGGACUUUCACUCUUUAAAAGAGAGAGAGCAAGCCAGACGGAUGGACCAAGAGGGACUUAAGGGCUGUUCAGCUUCUCUUCUGUCUGUGUAUAGGAUUGUCUUACUCUUAUUGGUUGAAAAGGCUAAAACAAGAUUACGAUACAAUGGACAUGUACCAUUAGCAUUUAAGAGUAAGAGGGGUUCCAUACCC